GCUUAUUUUCUGAGAAUGUCGUCAAGUUUGUUCAGCGUGCUUAUUUGUUUUUUCGGUGAUAAUCGAUGUUCAUAAGUCCAGGGAUUUGUGCAAUUUGAAUUUCGAGUCUGAUAAUUUUCCUUAAAAGUUUUAUGGUGUAUGUGUUUCUUUCAGAAAAUUGGGCAAUUCUCUAUCAUGGGAAGGCAGCUUCUUGUGCGUUGUCUGCUUGUGUGUGUGGUGUUUUUUCCAAAUGUUCACAGUGAAGUGGUUAGAGUUGGAUUGACAAAGAAGGGAUUGGACAGAAAGAGUUUAGAGUCUUCAAGGAUUGCAAGCAGCCAAGAUGCAAGUUCCUGCGGUUUGCCUCAAGUAGGAGGUGGAGGUACUUAUGUGGGUCUUAAGAAUUAUAUGGACGCUCAAUACUAUGGACAAAUCAGCAUUGGCACCCCCCCUCAAACUUUUACUGUUAUAUUUGACACUGGGAGCUCCAAUCUCUGGGUACCUUCCUCCAAAUGCACAUUCUCGGUUGCCUGCUAUUUUCAUUCAAAAUACCAUGCAGAUAAGUCAAGCACGUACAAAAAGAACGGUAAAAAAUUUGAAAUCCAGUAUGGAACUGGCUCAAUGUCUGGAUUUUUGAGCCAAGAUCAUGUCAGACUUGGGAACAUGCUUGUCAAAGAUCAGGUUUUUGCUGAGGCUACAGAUGAACCGGGUCUAACAUUCCUAGCUGCUAAGUUUGAUGGUAUACUGGGCCUCGGGUUUCAACAAAUUUCUGUGCAGAAUGUUUUGCCAAUUUGGUAUAACAUGAUCAACAAAGGUCUUGUGGAAAAUCCCAUUUUCUCUUUUUGGAUGAAUCGAAAUACUGAUGACAAGGAAGGAGGAGAAAUCGUGUUUGGAGGUGUUGACCCAAAGCACUUUAAGGGUGAACACACUUACGUUCCUGUUACACAUCAGGGCUAUUGGCAAUUCAAUAUGGGAGAUGUGUUUAUCGGUGGGAAAUCAACUGGUUAUUGUUCUAGUGGUUGUGCUGCCAUUGCUGAUUCUGGAACUUCAUUGUUGGCUGGACCAUCUGCUAUUGUGGCAGAAAUCAACCAUGCCAUUGGUGCAGAAGGCAUUGCUAGCAAAGAAUGCAAAACCAUAGCAUCUCAGUAUGGAGACAUUAUAUUGGAGCUCUUGAUAGCACAGGUAAAGCCUCAAAAAAUCUGCUCUGAAAUUGGAUUGUGUUCAUUUAACGGUGCUCAUGAUGUCAGUACGGGAAUCGCUAGUGUAACUGACAAAGAUUAUGGGGAAGAACCAAGAGCUUGUAGCAUUAAUGCUAUGUGUUAUGCCUGUGAGGCAGCUGUAGUAUGGGCUCACAAUCAACUUUCUCAAAAUCAGACAAAGAUCAGGAUAUUGAACUAUGUCAGUGAGCUCUGUGACCGGUUGCCAAGCCCAAAUGGACAAGCUUCUGUGGACUGUGACAAAAUGUCGAGCAUGCCAACUAUUUCCUUUACAAUUGGGGACAAAAAAUUUGACCUCACACCAGAGCAGUACAUUCUUAAAAUUGGUGAGGGAUCUGCAGCGCAAUGUAUAAGUGGCUUCACUGGAUUGGAUGUGCCUCCUCCCAGAGGACCUAUCUGGAUUCUUGGAGAUAUAUUCAUGGGUGUUUACCACACUGUGUUCGAUUUUGGAAACAAUAGAGUUGGGUUUGCUGAAGCAGCUUAAAGGAAUAAUGUGACACCACCACUCAAGAUUUCUUUAUAGUUUACCUUGGCUACAGUCGGGCUCUAAAUCUGAUAUGUAUUAUGCCAGCAUCCAGUAUAGAUGAAGGAUAUUGGGUGUUCUAAGUAUAAUUUGAUCAUGUGAAUAGCGUGUAGUAUAGUUAUCUCUUAGUAUCAUACCACAGAUCAAGCAAUAUUAGUAUUAGUCGCCAUAUGCUUGAUGAAGACUAUGACAGAUGUUAUUGAACAUAACGGUGGGUGUUAUUUCAUAUUUCAUGUACUUCAGCAAGGUUAAUAGGCAAAUUAUUGUCGAAUGAGAGUAGACCUUUUUGGAAUGUUUA